UUUUCUCGAAAUUCGACUUUGUUGUGUUAUCUGACGUGGAUUGAUUUCAGUAUUAAUAGGUUAAUUCAGUUGCUCUAAUGAAGUUUGAAAUGAAGGAAGUCUGAUUAUUUAUUUCCUGUACUUUAUUUGCAUUGACCACGCCCAGAUUGGAAGUGUUAUGUUAAACAAUCAAGCAGAAUGCUUAGCUAUUUAUGUGUUGGGAAAUCAGGACAUGGCAAGAGCUCCACUCUGAACUCAAUCACAAAUGACGACAUCUUCAAGAGGGCUACAGACACGACGUCUGGUUCUAAAAGAGCUGGUUUGUUCAGUGCCCAGGUCGGAGGUCAGACCCUCAAAAUUAUUGAUACACCUGGUCUGUUUGAUCCUACCGUUGAUGAUGAUGUUGAGAAUAUAAGGUUUGCUAGAGGCAAAAUAAGCGAAGCUUUUCAAAUAAUGAAAAACAACAGCAUCCAACAUUUGGAUGCUAUUCUACUCGUACUAAGUUACAUCAAUGUUUACAGUGCAGAAGAACAAAAGACUAUUUCGUAUUUAAAAACAAUAUUCGGACCAAACUUUAUUCGGGAUAACUGUGUUUUACUGAUGACGCAUGGAGACAACUACUCAAGCGAUGAGAAUAAUACAAAAUUUCCAACUUUCAAAGAUUGGUGUGAAAGUCAGACAGGUGCACUGCUCGCAUUAUUUCAAGAGUGUAACUUUAGAAUCGUCUUGAUAGAUAAUAAUGGCAGUGAAAUGGCAAAGUACGAUAGUGCUCAAGAAAUCUUUGAAUACACUCUCAAAAUGAAAAGUAAGUAUUAUAUCAAACAUUUUCAACAACAAGAAAAAAAUCGCCAAACUAUGCUUUUAACGUUUUGCUUGGAUGAACUAAAGGAAAACAUGAAAAAGCGAUUAGAGUUGUUGUAUGAAGACUUUUAUCUUCUACUCACCCCAAAUGAAAACCUUGAUAAAAUGAGUCAAAAAUUUCUAGAGCAUUGUCAGGACGGCGAAUUAAGUGUCCAAACUUUAGAAAACGUCAAAGAUUCUGCCGUUAAAUUCAGACAAGCUUACAAUGCGAAAGGGAAAGCCAUUGAAGCCGAGAAUUCAAAAACAAGUCUCCGAAGAGCUUUAAGGUGCGAGCUUAUAAAGGAGCUCAACAACCUUUACACAGCUUUUGAAAAGCUCGACUCACCAUUGAAAACUUUCAAUGAGAUCAAGGCUAAAACAGAUUUACUACUGAAUGAAAUAUUGUAUGAGGCACACGGCACAGCGAAACUUCAUGCAGUGGAAAAUGCUGUUCGUAACUUUCAGAGUAAACUCGUCAGAGAAGCUUCGAGAUUCAAAUAAUUUUUUUUAUUACUUUAAUUUUAAGGUAUUAAGUCACAAAGGGCUAAUUUCACAUACGGAACAAUCAUAAAGUUUUACUUAAGGCCAGUAUCGCACUUCGUCAAAUUUGAGGACAAGUCUUUCAUUGUGAGAUGUUUUUUCCUAACCAGGAUUCAUUUUUAUCAGUUAAAUUGGACAUCUAUCUAUCCAUAUUCUAUCUAUAUUCUACUAAAUUUCAAGUUGUUUACAUAUUUGUAUAUUAAUUUUUUUUUGUUUGUUAUUUUGUUUGUCUGUUUGGUUACAUGAGAACAGCUGCAUUAAGUGUGUACGUAUUUGUGUAGAGAAUAAUCUUUUUUUUUUACUUGACUGUUAAACAUUUAUUUAUUUAAAGACGGUAAUUAAUUUAUAAAAGUUCAGAACAAUUACAGUAUAAUGACGUUAUUUGAUUUCUUUUUCUAAAGGGCAAAGAUUUAUAUCAAAUAUUUAAGGACUAAAAUAGUUUAA